ACACCAUCACUCUCUUUCGCAUUUGAGAGUAUUAUUCGCCGGCUUCGGAUUUCUACGCGUCUUUACGACCUAACUAUCUUUCUACGUCUAUUCUGAUCCGAAUCACGACUGUCAUCAUGGCUGAUCAAAUCAACAUGGGUGGUCUCUCCCUCAACGAUGGCGCCCAGCAGGGCCCUCCUCAGGGUCAACGAUCCUACAUCCCCCCUCACAUGCGCCGCCAGGGCGGUGCUCCCCAGGGUGGUCCUCCUGCUAUGAACGGUGGUCCUCCUCCUGCUGGACCUGGUCCCAAUGGUCUUGGCAACAGUGCAUGGGCUAACCAAAACUAUGGUGCCCGUCAAUCCAACUGGGGCAACGACGUUCCCACCUAUCAGAACAACAACAACAACCGCCGGGGCGGCUGGGGCGGUCGAGGUGGUUACAGCGGUGGUGGCGGCAACUUGGAUGGUCACUCUGGAGGCGGUGGUGGUUACGCUGCCCGCGGCUCUGGUGAUGGCCAGUGGCGCGAUGGAAAGCACGUUCCUGGCCCGGCUAACCCCCGUGUCGAGCGCGAGCUUUUUGGUACCCCCGAUGACCCCUCCAAGCAGCACACCGGUAUCAACUUCGAGAAGUACGAUGACAUUCCCGUUGAGGCUUCUGGUCAUGAGGUUCCUGAGCCUGUCCACCAGUUCACCACUCCUCCUCUGGAUGAGCAUCUCUGCCGCAAUAUCGAGCUUGCUCACUACAAGGUUCCCACUCCUGUCCAGAAGUACUCGAUCCCCAUCGUUAUGGGUGGUCGUGAUCUGAUGGCCUGUGCUCAGACUGGUUCCGGAAAGACGGGUGGUUUCUUGUUCCCCAUCCUCUCUCAGGCCUUCAUCAACGGCCCUUCUCCCGUGCCCGCUAAUGCCGCUGGCCAGUUCGGCCGUCAGCGCAAGGCUUACCCCACCUCUUUGAUUCUUGCCCCUACCCGCGAACUUGUCUCCCAGAUUUUUGAUGAAUCCCGAAAGUUCGCCUACCGAUCUUGGGUCCGACCUUGUGUUGUCUACGGCGGUGCCGAUAUUGGUUCCCAGCUCCGACAGAUUGAGCGUGGCUGCGAUUUGCUUGUUGCUACUCCUGGUCGAUUGGUCGAUCUCAUAGAGCGAGGUCGCAUCUCCCUGCAGAACAUCAAGUAUCUGGUCCUUGAUGAGGCCGAUCGCAUGCUUGACAUGGGUUUCGAGCCCCAGAUUCGCCGCAUUGUGGAGGGUGAGGACAUGCCUCAAGUUCAGGACCGUCAGACUCUCAUGUUUUCGGCUACCUUCCCCCGCGAUAUUCAGAUGCUUGCCCGCGAUUUCCUUAAGGACUAUAUUUUCCUUUCUGUCGGUCGUGUUGGUUCUACUUCAGAGAACAUCACCCAGAAGGUUGAGUAUGUCGAGGAUGUCGACAAGCGCUCCGUUCUUCUGGAUAUCCUUCACUCCAACGCCAAUGGUUUGACCCUGAUUUUCGUCGAGACCAAGCGUAUGGCCGAUUCCCUUUCGGAUUUCCUUAUCAACCAGAACUUCCCAGCUACUUCCAUUCACGGUGAUCGUACCCAGCGUGAGCGUGAGCGCGCUCUUGAGUUUUUCCGCAACGGUCGAUGCCCGAUUUUGGUCGCUACCGCUGUCGCAGCUCGUGGGUUGGACAUUCCGAAUGUUUUGCAUGUUAUCAACUACGAUCUUCCUACUGAUGUUGAUGACUACGUUCACCGAAUUGGUCGAACCGGUCGUGCCGGAAACACCGGUAUUGCGACCGCUUUCUUCAACCGAGGCAACCGUGGAAUUGUUCGGGAGCUUAUGGAUCUCCUGAAGGAAGCUAACCAAGAGGUUCCUGCUUUCCUCGAGACCAUUGCUCGUGAGUCUUCCUUCGGUGGUCGUGGUGGUCGUUCUCGUGGUGGUGGUGGCCGUGGUGGUGCAACACGUGACUUCCGUAAGUUCGGCGGCGGUGGUGGUGGCGGCUUUGGCGGCAACAACGGCGGCGGCGGCGGCUUCAACGCUCCUUCUCAGGGCUCAGGCUAUGGUGGAGGCGGUUUCGGUGGCUCCGGCGGCUACGGAGGUGGUGGCUACAGCGGCGGCGGUGGCUACGGAGGUGGUGGUUAUGGAAACCCCAGUGGCCCUGGAGCUCAGUCUUCUUGGUGGUAAACAUCUCGCGCCAUCGAGAAAUGUGCACCUGACAAGGUGUGGAACGAUGCUAGCGGACGCGUUCUGCAGCAUCACCCGUUUGCGAUUUUCUUUUAUGUUUUUUUCCUCGAUGUUAUCUGGUUGCAUGCACGACUUGCAUUUGG